AUGGAGUCAUCAGAGAUCGAUACGAGGAGUACACCGCGACUUUUACGAGAGUCAGGAGCGCUCUCCUCUGCCUCUUCAUCAACCUCAUUCCCUUCGACAAGCUCUCCAGGCUUGAGUUGGUCGACUAGAUUUAAACGAAACUCGGCUAUAAAUUCACGAUCUCCUUCUAUACCAUUACAAAAUGUUGCUCCUACGACCAGGAAAGCAAAACAACCAUUCGCCACAAUAACUCGUGUAGCAGAGGUCGAUGGUCGACCAGCUCGCAUCUUUUUCGCUCCAACGUUAGAUGCAAACGCCAUAUUAACGAUCUUGGGAACCACCAUGAUAUACAGUAUCCUGCUAGUGAUCUUGUAUCUAGUCCUAUCGGCACGAUUCCAGGAAUCCUUCUUGACAAACUCGGUGUCGGAUUUCAUACGAACCAAUUACGCUGCUGGAGUCAGUAUACUUCUGAUUGCUAUAUCCGGAGUAUGGCAUUUUGGGAGUGAUUACUAUAGGUUGCAUUAUGAUAGUAAAGGCCAACACACAGAUCCGACCGAUCCGUGGUCUGGGAGUACAUCCGAAAUGGAUUUUAGUUUAUUGAAAAGUGCUGUGAAGAAGGAAGGGGAGAUUAGAGCUAUGAAGAUGCCUGAAUGGGUGUUGAAUCCGAUGCAGCCUGGGUCGUAUCUGGCUAAUCGCAGUGUCCAGGUGGUGCUGCUUGAUAUGAAUAGGGAUCCAGACGUAGAGGUCUCGGUGUCGAUGACAGCUCACAGCAAACCCGAACGAGUAAUAAUGGAGACAGUCAAAUAUUUACAAUCGCUACCAUCUAUACGAGAACGUGCACAACUCGUCCUCAAACAUCCCAAAAGCCUGCAACAUUUUAAUCUACAUCUCGACAAACUGCCAAAUGUAAUCCAAACCGUGUUGGAUCUAAUCAAGCGAGACUAUUCGACGCCUCAAGACGUGCCAGCACAUUCCAGGUGGCGGCAUUUUGAAGCUCCAGCUAAAUCUGGCGGUGAUAAGGUAGAUCGUAUUGGGACGUUGAUGAAACUGUGGAAGGGUGAUGAUGUGGAAGAUAAUGAUAAAGCAGAAGAGGAAGAUGAUGAUGAUAAAAAGGGAGGAAAGAAUGCUAGUACAAGUAAACGAAAACGCAAAAACACGGUCUCCUCGCCGUCUUCACCGACACGUCAAUCUGCACGAUUAUCAACCACAGCCAAAACAACCAAACCACAACCACACAACGAAGACGCACUAGAACGAAUCCGUAGACUCCUAGACCUAUUCGUCAUCUCCGUGUUACUGGAUGCAGGUGCAGGAAACACGUGGAAAUACCACCCAAAAGGCACAUCAUCCGAUUCAAUCAUGAAUCGAUCUGAAGGACUGGCUGUAGCUUCGUACGACUGGUUUAACGAUGGUGGAUUAUCGUCGUCGCCUGAUAAAUUUCCUCAUCGUGUCGAUGCCAAGAAAUUGAAGAGUGUUAGUGUAGAUGAUAUCAAGAUCGCGUUUCAGGUUACCGAUGAUAAUUCACUUGUAGGUGUCGACGGACGCUGUGAGUUGCUGAAUCGGUUGGGUCGUGUGCUGGAAGAGAAGAAGGUGUAUUUCGGUAAAGGGAAGAUCGCUAGACCUGGAUUUAUGCUGGAUUAUCUGUUGGCGCAUCCCACAACAACUACUACGGAUGGCAACAUAUCUGUAUCAAUCAACGCGUUAUGGACUGUAGUAAUGGACGGCCUUUCUGGUGUCUGGCCAGCAACACGGACCAAACUGAACGAUAUCUCACUAGGCGACGUAUGGCCAUGCAACGCAAUGACAUCAAUAUCAAAACAGCUACGUAAAUCACACGAUAAAGUAAUCACAUCCUAUGACAUCGCAGCAGACAAUCUAGUCCCCUUCCAUAAACUAUCGCAAUGGCUUACAUACUCGUUAAUGGAGCCGCUGUCCCUGCUCGAUAUAACGAUACGGGACGCACAUGUCAUGACUGGGCUGCCCGAGUAUCGGAAUGGGGGAUUGCUGGUUGAUAGCGGUGUGUUGGAGUUACGGGCUGAUAGUAUUGGAGAGAAGGAUGGUGAUGGGAUUCCGGUUUAUAAUGUAUAUGAUGAUGUAGUUGUGGAGUGGAGGGUGCUGACUGUUGCGUUGCUUGAUUUGAUUGGGCAGGGUGUGCGUGAGAAGCUGGGGAUGUCGGUUGAGGAGUUGCCGUUGGUUAAGGUGCUUGAGGCUGGGACCUGGAAGGCUGGGAGGGAAAUCGCUGCAAAAAAGCGUCCUGCUACACGAGGACCACCAAUUAAUAUAAUUUCUGAUGGUACCGUGUUUUGA